CAGCAGCAGCAGCAGCAGCAGUAGUAGUAGCGGCGGGGCGGCCCGCGCGGAGGUUUAUGUCGGGCCGUGGUGUCUCGCAGCAGCAUGGCGGACUACCUGAUCAGCGGCGGCACCGGCUACGUGCCCGAGGACGGGCUCACCGCGCAGCAGCUCUUCGCCAACGCAGAUGGCCUCACCUACAAUGACUUCCUGAUCCUGCCAGGCUACAUCGACUUCAUAGCUGAUGAAGUGGACCUGACAUCAGCCCUGACAAGGAAGAUCACCCUGAAGACGCCCCUCAUCUCCUCACCCAUGGACACCGUGACCGAGGCGGACAUGGCCAUCGCAAUGGCACUGAUGGGAGGAAUUGGUUUUAUCCACCACAACUGUACCCCGGAGUUCCAGGCCAAUGAAGUGCGGAAGGUCAAGAAGUUUGAGCAGGGCUUCAUCACGGACCCAGUGGUGCUGAGCCCUGCGCACACCGUGGGCGACGUGCUGGAGGCCAAGAGUCGGCAUGGCUUCUCCGGCUUCCCCAUCACAGAGACGGGCGCCAUGGGCAGCAAGCUGGUGGGCAUCGUCACCUCUCGAGACAUCGACUUCCUCGCUGAGAAGGACCACACCACCCUCCUCAAUGAGGUGAUGACACCUCGGAAUGAGCUGGUGGUGGCGCCGGCAGGGGUGACAUUGAAAGAGGCAAAUGAGAUCCUGCAGCGGAGCAAGAAAGGGAAGCUGCCUAUUGUCAAUGACCGAGAUGAGCUCGUGGCCAUCAUUGCCCGCACCGACCUGAAGAAGAACCGGGACUACCCCCUGGCCUCCAAGGACUCCCACAAGCAGCUGCUGUGUGGGGCUGCCGUGGGCACCCGUGAGGAUGACAAGUACCGCCUGGACCUGCUCACCCAGGCGGGCACUGACGUCAUUGUGCUGGACUCCUCCCAGGGGAACUCAGUGUACCAGAUAGCCAUGGUGCACUACAUCAAGCAGAAGUACCCCUACCUCCAGGUGAUUGGUGGGAACGUAGUGACGGCAGCUCAGGCCAAGAACCUGAUCGACGCAGGUGUGGAUGGAUUGCGCGUGGGCAUGGGCUGUGGCUCCAUCUGCAUCACUCAGGAAGUGAUGGCCUGUGGCCGGCCCCAGGGCACGGCCGUGUACAAGGUAGCCGAGUACGCCCGGCGCUUCGGCGUGCCCAUCAUAGCCGACGGCGGCAUCCAGACCGUGGGCCACGUGGUCAAGGCCCUGGCCCUUGGCGCCUCCACAGUGAUGAUGGGCUCCCUGCUGGCCGCCACUACCGAAGCUCCUGGAGAGUACUUCUUCUCAGACGGGGUGCGGCUCAAGAAGUACCGGGGCAUGGGCUCGCUGGACGCCAUGGAGAAGAGCAGCAGUAGCCAGAAGCGUUACUUCAGCGAGGGGGACAAGGUGAAGAUUGCGCAGGGCGUGUCCGGCUCCAUCCAGGACAAAGGCUCCAUCCAGAAGUUCGUGCCCUACCUCAUCGCGGGCAUCCAACACGGCUGCCAGGACAUCGGCGCGCGGAGCCUGUCCGUCCUGCGGUCCAUGAUGUACUCAGGAGAGCUCAAGUUUGAGAAGCGGACCAUGUCGGCGCAGAUCGAGGGGGGUGUCCACGGCCUGCAUUCUUAUGAGAAGCGGCUGUACUGAAGUCACCAGUGGCAGCAGUGGUGGCCGAUGUGGUGGCGAGGGCAUGCCCCCCAGCCCUCCUUCACACCCCGCCUCCCUCCAUAACUGAGAGGCCCACAGACCUGUGCUACAUGUUCCCCAGCUCCUGCAGGGGGAGAGGAGGGGAUGGGGCUGUUCCCUGGGCACCCCGGAGCCAGGAAUGCUCCUGGGCUAGGCUCCCCCCUACCCAUGGAGCCCUCCGUCCAGUUCCCAGCUCGGCUGCCCAGGCUCUCAGGCCUUAUGCCUGCCUCAGGUCUCUCACCUCAGCCUGCUCCAGCCAGCUCGCAGCCCGGGCAGGCGGCCCCUCCUGGCUUCCGUAGGGCACCUCCCAGGAAGAAAUGGUGCUCUCCUGGCCCUGCCUCUGGCCCGUCUCCGGGCUGCUGCCCCCUCAGGCACUUGGCACUUCUGGGCUCCUGGCCCAGGCCAGGGGGAGGUCUCUGCCCCCUUCCUCUGGUCUCCAGGUUCUCCUGGGCACUGAGCUCAGGCCACCCCCCUACCCAACCUCCACCCAGGGGAGCAGGUUGCCCUGGCCAUGGCCGCCUGCCUCCACAUCCCGAUGUCCCUCUCCUGCCCUCUCCUCUCAGCUGCAGUCGAAGGCUUUAACUUUGCACACUCUGGGCUCCUGUUGGCAUCGUUGUAUAUUGAAUCUGAAUAAAUCAAGCUGGUCCCAA